UCCCUCUCACUCGGAUCCAGCAAAACCUACGCUUACAGCUACACCCAUGGCGACAGCUCCCCAGGUUUCACCAAAUGCUUGGGCAGCAUUUGGACCGGCAAAGAUCGCUACUUGUGGAUCGAUUUAGGAGCUGGGCCUGUCGAUUACGGGCCCGCCUUAUCCGGCGACGGUGUCUUGCCGAAAGGCGAGUUUCACCCUUUUGCAGCACUCCAUGGCCGACCCAAGUCGCAAAAGGCAUUGCUUUCGGACUUGGCUUCAUUAGUGUGGAGCGCUUAUCAGGUACUCCUAGUCCCAUCUUUGAGAAUCCCUGUGCCUUUUGAGAAUAAAUUGAUUGUUGAAUUUAUUCAUAUACAUGGCGAUGCUGGUGGUAGUAGUUUGGGUUUGGAUUGGAAGUCGAUAGAGAGUAAUUUUAUGAACGAGGCAAACGAACACGGGUUGUUGUUAAGGGAUCAGGAUUUGAGUUUCAAGAAAUACGAGGUCAAAUUGUCCGAGUGCUCCAUUUGCUCUUUCGCCAUUGCAAGGGCGACCACUUCGUAUACUUCGAGGUACUUGUUCGAUAACUAUACCUUGAUUGUGAGCGAGUAUUUGGACUCGAAGCGUUUGCAUCAGACAAUCUUGGAAUCGGUUGAUGAGUUUAGAAGGGUGGCACAGUUGCCCGAGGAGGAGUUUGGUAGAGUUCUUCCUGUUUAUGUUUUCGAUCUCGAUGUAAAUACAAUCUUGUUGCUCGAUCGAUAUCACCAGACUGUGGCGUUUAAGGAUAUGGUGAUUGCAGUUAGGACAAAGAGUACACAGACUGUGAGCGACUAUAGUUGCAAUGGCCAUCAUGUGUUCACACAGGCUCGAGAACUCGAACGACCGCUUGUGGGUUCUAUUCUGCAGAGCAUGUGGGGUGUUUCGCCCACGCAUUUAGUUUGGAGUCCAAGGCAUAAUAGUUCUCUUGUGGACUACACGUGGAGUAUUGGACAAACACCAUUUGGGCCGUUUUCCGAGAUAUCUUCUUUGUCUUUCGUUCAGAAGGAUGCUGCUAGGAGAAAUGUUCUUUUGACCACCUUAAAUUACACCAUUACGAGUGGGAUUGACGUUCUUGAUUCGAUUGCUGCACAUGGUGGGGACAGAAAACUUUUGAAACACACUCGACAUACAGAAUUUGUACAGAGGUGGAACUUGUUUAGGUACAAGUUGGAUAGGUCGAUUUCUGCUAUGUCGCAUUUUGACUAUGAGAUGGCUUUGUAUUAUCUGAGGUCAUCGGAUCACGAUCUGUAUGCUAUCCACAAUCUCGUUUAUCAAGCAUCUCAAGAGUUGGAGGCUUCGCUUGUUUGUUUCAAGGAUCCACCAUUCCCAUGGACGUCUUUUCUGCUGUCUGCUGGGAUUCUGUUUGCUUUCUUUUUUGCGUAUGCGAAAAGAGACAAAUUAUUUCAGAACAAGAGGAAACAGUUCUAAAAAUUUUGCGAGGCUCGGGCUGUUUAUGUUUAAAUCGUUACAUUUGUAUUUCGAAUCGAGAGGUAAUACACUUCGCUUAGAAUGUAUAAUUCAGAUUUUCAAGAAAAAGGGAAAUGCAGUUUGACUUUACAUUGAUUUGCCUUCAAAGUUUA